AUGAAUACGCCGAGAGAUGCUGAGAAGGGGAGCGAACCUUCGGAUGAAACAGAUCGACACAGGGAAAGAUCACCUGACCAGAAUCAACAGUACGAGAGAGGAGCUUUCAGUAACAACUUAGGGAGACCUCAGUUGUUCCGCGACAGUACGGUAGAGAACAUAGUGCGGGAUGAUGGAGAUGAGGCGAACCGUGAGUCAGACACUGAUGACAACAACAUAUCGAUCAACGACCAUACGACCUACCUGGAAUCACUCAGCAAAUUUACAUGGGAAGAUUCAUUUGCCAAACUAGAGGAUACUGUUCGUGGGUGUGGGUACCCAGACAUACCCAGUCUCCGGGAUCCAGCUCGCAUUCUGAGUCGCAGCGAUCUUCGGAAACAACGUCCGCUAUUUUGGGGGAUCAUCGCCGUCCUCAACAUUGGUAUGGCCAUGAUUGAAGUAUUUGCACACACAGGUCUGGUCUUCUUUGUGUUCAUCCUUUUUAUCAAGAGCAAGGACUUCCUCUCCUGUCUGGUCUCCGUCUUUGGAUUGUUGAUAAGGCGUAUCUACCGCGUGUUCAGACCAUUAAGUCCAGUCUCUCGGCAAUGGAUCUUGACACUGAUACCCGCAUAUUCGGAGAGCGAAGAGCAAAUUGUCAAGAUAAUCUACUUGCUUCGCGACAAUGACGUUGGGAAACAUCGCCAAGUCAUGGUUGUAUUGCUCGACGGCCGGCCUCGGGAUAUACGCAGCCAUAUGACGCGUAUCAUUCGCGAUUACAAGAGAACAUACAUCUCCCUAAAGCACAAGCGUGGGGCCCUAAAGAUCACCGCGGGAUUCGCAGAAGAUGUACCUGUAAUUGUUAUUGAGAAAAUGAGAAACAGCGGGAAGAAGGACUCUCUUGUUCUAUGCCAUGAUCUAUUCAAUGUGCCUCGGAAGAACAUUCCUCUCUAUACGAGGCUUCUGAGAGAGGAGAUAUGGACCAAGAUCCUACCUGUGUUGACUGAAGGAGAAGGCUUCACAACCUGUCUCUAG